AUGCCUAGAGGCGAUAGACUUGAUGUUCACAAGACUGAUGGAAAUGAAGCAGAUGAGGAAGAAUCUCGAGGCCUCUUGUCCCUGGACGAGGAGGAUGAACACCUAACCCAAACCACACCUUCGCAAUUACCCUCGUCGUCUAGCUCCAAACAGCAAACCUCUAUAUAUGUGCCACCUUCGAACGGCCAACCUCGAACGCCCAGAACUCCCAACCGGGUGCGAUUCGAUUUGGACGAAGACACUGAAGGAGAAGAAGAAGAAGAACAAAAUCAACCUAUGGGCCGUCCUUCCUCAUGGCUUGAGGAGGACGAUUAUCUGAAUGCUAAUGGAUCCGGCCGGGGCCGAAGCAGCACCGGCCAGCUUGCCCCUCUACUUACCAAUAUCGAAGCGCCAACUGUUACUUUGGCUACGUCGGAGGAUUUCUUUCCCGAGGAUCAUCUGGAAGGUGCGCGGCCCAGGAGCGGGCUAAAGAAUGCUUUCAUGAAUAUGGCGAACAGCAUCAUAGGCGCGGGAAUUAUCGGACAACCUUACGCGUUUCGGCAAGCGGGAUUACUGGUUGGGAUAAUACUACUUUGUGGACUUACUGUCGUCGUCGACUGGACUAUUCGCUUGAUUGUCAUCAAUUCGAAACUGAGCGGCGCAGACUCAUUUCAAACAACCGUGGAAUUCUGCUUUGGAAAACCUGGUUUAAUAGCCAUUUCCAUUGCACAAUGGGCAUUUGCAUUUGGAGGCAUGGUUGCAUUUUGUAUCAUUGUCGGGGAUACAAUCCCUCAUGUCUUCGCGUCAAUUUUCCCAUCAUUGAAGGAUACACCUUUUCUAUGGCUCCUGACAGAUAGGCGAGCCGUCAUCGCGCUUUUUAUAUUGGGGAUCUCCUACCCUUUAUCCCUUUACCGGGACAUUGCAAAGCUGGCGAAAGCAUCGACCCUUGCACUGGUUUCCAUGGUUGUGAUUGUGAUCACCGUGAUUAUUGAAGGAAUCCGAGCACCGAAUGAUUUGAGGGGCGAUCAAUUACCCUUGAUUUUUUCGCAGAGUAACGGCUUCUUCCAGGCAGUCGGUGUCAUAUCUUUUGAUCACAACAGCCUCCUUAUAUACGGCUCUCUAAAGAAGCCGACUAUGGAUCGGUUUGCUCUCGUCACACAUUACUCGACGGGUAUAUCGAUGGUCAUGUGUCUGAUAAUGGCAAUCGCAGGCUUUCUUGCCUUUGGUGAGGAGACAAAAGGCAAUGUAUUGAAUAACUUCCCAUCUGGUAAUGUCAUGGUAAACAUUGCAAGACUUUGCUUCGGAUUGAACAUGCUUGCAACUCUUCCAUUGGAAGCUUUUGUUUGCCGUUCGGUAAUGACAACAUUCUUCUUUCCUGAUGAGCCUUACAAUUUUGCUCGGCAUGUAAUAUUUACCUCGGCGCUCGUCGUUACGUCUGUGACUAUAUCAUUACUUACAUGCGAUUUGGGCACUGUGUUUGAGCUAAUCGGAGCAACAAGUGCUUGUGCGUUGGCAUAUAUUUUACCUCCUCUCUGCUAUGUUAACUUGAGCCAUGGCAAUUGGAAAAAAAAAUCCCCAGCGUACGCAUGCAUUCUUUUUGGUAGUGUGGUGCUCUGUACCAGUGUUGUCCAAGCAAUGAUAAAGAUCGUGAAGAAUGAAGGCAGAGGAACAACUUGCUAAUUAUUUACGGUUGUGGUAAUACGAUAUCCCGAUUUGGCUUUCGGUAUGUCGUCCUUGUUAGAAAUAUAGACUCCUGAGUUUCCAUUGCGAUUUUCCCCCCAGAACUACGGCGUUUGGGUGAACAUAACUGGCUAGAUCAUCAUUGCAUUUCACGUAAAUAUAUACAUGUACUUUUUUAUUCUAUUGGCACCCCCACCCAAAUUGCUGGAGCGAUGUGAGGCCCCAUAGAAGACCCCCCAUAGAAGGUAAGAAUGUUCAUGGGCAUUUUCACAACAUUAGUUAUGGCUAACAGAAAUAUUAUAAAGCAACUAUAAAAGUGGG